GCCCCGCCGGGCGUGACCGCCAGGGCGCAUGGCGGGCGCGGGGAGCGCGGGUCUCCUGCCGAAGAGCUCCCGGGACUUCGGCUCGGCGGACUACUGGGAGAAGUUUUUCCAGCUGCGGGGCAAGAAGGCUUUCGAGUGGUACGGGAGCUACCUGGACCUGUGCGGGCUGCUGCACAAGUACAUCCGGCCCCGGGAGAAGGUUCUGGUGAUCGGGUGUGGCAACUCGGAGCUGAGUGAGCAGCUGUAUGAUGUGGGAUAUCAGGAUAUAGUGAACAUUGACAUCAGCGAGGUCGUCAUCAGGCAGAUGAAGGAGCGCAAUGCCAGUCGAAGGCCCCGGAUGAGCUUCUUGAAGAUGGACAUGACACAGAUGGAGUUUCCCGACGCCUCAUUCCAGGUGGUGUUGGACAAGGGCACCCUGGAUGCUGUCCUGACAGGAGAGGAGGAGGAGACGCUGCAGCUGGUGGACAGGAUGCUGGCCGAGGUGGGCCGUGUCCUGCAGGUGGGCGGUCGCUACCUCUGCAUCUCCCUGGCCCAGGCUCACAUCCUGAAGAAAGCAGUGGGUCACUUCUCUCGGGAGGGGUGGAUGGUGCGGGUGCAUCAAGUCGCCCACGGCCGGGACCCGGCGUCGGAGGCAGAGCCUCAGUUCUCCCUGCCUGUCUUUGCAUUCAUCAUGACCAAGUUCAGGCCCGUCCCUGGCGCGGCCCCCCAGAUCUUUGAGCUGUGUGCUCAGGAGCAGGGCCAGCCCGUGCGGCUGGACAGUGCCGAGCGGCUGGUGGCGGCCGUGCGUGAGCAGCAGCAGCAUGCCUGGCUGUGCGGGCAGCUGCGCGCGGCCGGGGCCGGGCUGGGGAGGAGCGUGUCUCUGGACCUGUGCAGUGGCCACACGGGCGAGCCACGCUACACCCUCCACGUGGUGGACAGCCCCUCCGUGAAGCCAGCGCGGGACAACCAUUGUGCCAUUUUCAUCAUCCCCCAGGGCCGUGAGACUGAGUGGCUCUUCGGCACGGAGGAAGGCCGGAAGCAGUUGGCAGCUAGCGCGGGCUUCCGGAGGCUGAUCACGGUGUCCCUCCAUCGAGGUCAGCAGUACGACGGCAUGGACAGCAUUCAGGCGGAGCUGUCGGCCAGCGUCAUGGAGCUGGUCCCGGCCAGAAUGCCCUCCCAGCAGAAGGUGCCCUUUCUAUCUGUGGGGGGGGACAUCGGUGUCCGGACCGUCCAGCACCAAGCCUGCAGCCCCCUGAGCGGCGAGUAUGUCAUCGAAGACGUCCAAGGGGAUGACCGGCGAUUCUUUCGGCGGCUGAUCUUCCUCAGCAGCAGGAACGUGGUGCAGUCUGAGGCCCGGCUGCUGAAGGACGCGUCUCAUAGAGCCCAGAAGAAACGGAAAAAGGAAAAGAAGAAGCAGCGAUCUACGAAUGCUUCCGAGGACCUCCCUCCUGCCCCUGGGCAGUCCAUCGAUAAGAGUUACCUCUGCUGUGAGCACCACAAAGCCAUGAUCGCCGGCCUCACCCUGCUCAGGAACCCGGAGCGCCUCCUAGACAGCCCUCUGGCCUUGCUGGUGGUGGGCCUGGGUGGAGGCAGCCUCCCCCUGUUCGUCCACGACCACUUCCCAAAGUCCUGCCUGGACGCCGUGGAGAUCGACCCCUCCAUGUUGGAAGUGGCCACCCGGUGGUUUGGCUUCUCGCAGAGUGACCGGAUGAGAGUCCACAUUGCAGACGGCCUGGAUUAUAUUACCAGCCUGGCGGGGGCAGAAGGAGCCCGGCCCGCCUAUGACGUGGUAAUGUUUGAUGUAGACAGCAAGGACCCCGCCGUGGGGAUGAGCUGCCCACCCCCGGCGUUUGUGGAGUUGUCUUUCCUGCAGAAGGUCAGAAGCCUCCUGACUCCUGAAGGCGUCUUCAUCCUCAACCUCGUGUGCCGAGACUCGGCGCUAAAGGAGUCUGUUCUGGCGGACCUCAAGGCGGUGUUCCCUCUCCUGUAUGUCCGGCGAAUCGAGGGAGAGGUGAACGAGAUCCUGUUCUGUCAGCUGUCCCCGGCGCAGAAACUCGCCACCCCAGAGCUCCUGGACAUGGCCCAGACCUUGGAGCGGACCCUGAAAAGGCCUGGGAGGGGUUGGGAUGACAGCUACGUCCUGUCGGAUAUGCUCAAGACUGUGAAGAUCGUGUGAGGGCUGCGGCUGGCGGCCGCCUCAGCCCAGCUCACCUCCAGCUCCCGGUCCACCUGCCGCUGAGGGAGCCCCGUCCCUGCACAAUACUUUAGACCUUGGCAUUUUUCUUGGUUUCAUACUCGGCUACAUGCAGCCUGCAGCUCGCUAAGGUUGCCUGAAGAUCUGGGCAAAUAAAAGUCCUGCCCUUCCU